AUGGCAGCUUCCAUCGCCCCUGAAUGCAACGAUAUCAAAGAGAAAUAUGACACUUGCUUUCUCAAGUGGUAUAGUGAAAAAUAUCUGCGUGGCAACACCUCAUCAAAUGACUGCGAAGAAUUGUUCAAGAAGUAUAAGGGUUGCUUGAAUAAAGUCCUCAAGGAAAGGGGCAUUGAUGUCAUGGUGGAAGAUGCCCGAAAGAGUGGCAGCAGUGAAACAGAUGCAGAGUUCCUGAAGAAGUCCUGA